AGUCAUAGUCCCGUUCAAGUCUAACACCGAGCACGAUUACUAUUCCAAACCAAGAAAUCGCCACGUAUUGUACUCCGACCGGAUGUCGAACUCACCCGCCUCCUCCAACGAAGGCGAUAAGCACCCCGCUAACAGCAAGGAGGCGGCUGUAGCUAAAACCGCUGGCUUCGUAGUCUUCUCGGGAAUCGCUAUGAGCAUCCUUAAAACCCUAAACCCCUUCAAAAAAGAGAGAGAUGCGACUUCACCAUCUCAACAGCCAGCGGUUGAGUCGAUUCAGUCCUCUCCAAUCCCAGAUUCCCCACCUCCUCUUUUCCCAGAACCCACUAUCACCAAGAAAGCAGGUGGUUUAUACGGAGCAAAAACUGCCAGAAUACUCGGAACGAGUGAUAGAUAUUGUGAAAUGAGAUACUCUUUGGGGUCUGUCCAGAAAAUAUGGGGUUCCAAUAGAUGCAAUCAAAGAGGCUAAUGGCCUUACAGGGGAUACCAUCUAUGCUGGCAAGAAGCCCAUAAUUCCAUAAAGAUGUUUGUAUCACCUCAUAUCAGUUCUUCAGUUUUCCUUUUCUCAGUAGGCUAUUAGGUUUGUACUUUUGCAAGUACAUUUGUCCAUUUAAUUAAUAAUAUGAACAUGAGUAGAUGACAUGAGACCUUAGAUUCAAAUAGAGGUAUGCUUGUAAGCUGUUCACGGUACUUCCAUUCUAAAUAUUGUCUAUUUUACUACAUUUAUUGUAUGUAUGUUCUUAUUGUUUAGGUUCUGAAUCUGCUCCUUGGCUA